ACAGAGAAGAAAACGCCACUACUGCGUAGUGCGCACAGGUGAUUCAGUUGUCGGUGCCACCUUCUCGUGGUGGAAAACAUGGGAAAACUGCAAGAAUUCGACAUAACUUUUAAAGACAAUAAAGUUGUUUAUAGUCCUGGAGAGUCACUUUCAGGCACUCUGAAAAUCACAACCACCGAAGCUCUGCUAUGUAAAGAUAUCAAAGUGAAUUGCCAAGGCUUCUGUGGUGUCACCAGCAAGAGCAAUGACACAGCCUGGAUGGUGGAAGAGCAGUACUUCAGCAGCACGCUCUCUGUGGCAGAUAAAGGAACCCUGAAACUGGGAGAUCACAGUUUUCCAUUCAAGUUUCUCAUUCCAGCCUCUGUUCCCACAUCCUUUGAAGGAAACUAUGGACAAGUUAUGUACAGAGUGAGGGCUUUCAUUGACACUCCUCGCUUCUCUAAGGACUAUAAGGUGGAGAAGCCUUUCUACCUGCUGAGUCUCCUCAACCUCAACGAUGUACCUGACAUCCAUGGAUGUAGUUCAUCUUCCGUUACUAAGAAGUUCACCUACCUACUGGGGGUAAAGACAGGAACUGUGGUGCUGAAGGCCCAUAGUGACAUGAAGGGCUACACGCCUGGUCAGGUCAUCCAACUGACCACAGAGCUCCACAACCAGUCUGGGAAAACCACAGGGACUGUGGUAGCCUGUCUCAUUCAGAAAGUAACUUACCAGACAAAGAAGCCUACCAUUGACUUGAGGACUUUAGUGCAGGUGGAGGGUGCAGGGGUGAAGGCUGGCAAACAAGUUGAGUGGAAGGAGCAGAUUAUUGUACCUCCUCUGCCCCAGUCAUCUCUGGCUGACUGUGGUCUAAUAAACAUGGAAUACUUUAUUCAAAUCUCCUUGAAAUCUCCUGAGGCUUCGUUUUUGUUGCCCAUCCACAUUGGAAACAUCUCAGUGGAUACCACGUCAGCACGACCCUCCAGACCCCCUCCUCCAACCACCGAUCCUUCUCGCUCCUCCACAAACCCUACCAAGCUAGAAAACAGCAGACGCUCUGAGCCGUCCUCCCAAGACCAAGAAACUCCUACUUGCCCUUCCCCCCACCCAGCCCCAAAACCUGUUCCCAGAAUCAGAGUCUCCACUUCAUCCCCUGCCUCACCCAGUGCCCCUCCAGCUGAGAUGGACUAUCUGGUCAUGGGCGCCAAGGGGCAAGUGACCGAGGCCCUCCCAACUGAGAGCCACUCCCAGCUUGGUUUCUUGAGUUCUCAGGCCACUGUCUCCCCCAGUGCCUUCAGCUAUGCCCCAGGCCUCACCUUCUCCCAGAACCAGUCCCAGAGUGACACCACAAACCCAACGGGACCUUUGUUCUGUGUGUCCACAGGCGCCACCAUCCCAUUCUUCUCUGAGGGCAGUACCAACCCCAAGCCUACCCUCUACCCACUCCUGCCUCCUGAGUACAGCACCUCAACACUCCCACAUGAGGCUCCUCCCAGCUAUGUCGAGAGCUGUAGCAGCAACACAUAAAACAACGUCAUGACACAGGAGAGACUGCUGGCAACACUGAACAUGACAACCAACCUCCCUUCUACUCGAUCAUGCUGCCAGAUAGACCUCUUAAGUACGUCAGCCCAGGUUAAGCAACACCUUUUUUAUGAUUACUGAUUGCUUUCACACAUUGUUUGCGCUUUCAGGACAGUACUGUUUUUACGUAAACAAUUUUUAUAGCUGGAGACAAGGUUUCAAAGUUAAGUCAGGGUAGAUUUAGUUAAGAAUAUUUUGAAAUUGUAUUAUUUAUUUUUUACUAGGCAAGUCAGUUAAGAACAAAUUCUUAUUUACAAUGACGGCCUACACCGGCCAUACCCGGACGAAGCCGGGCCAAUUGUGCGCUGCCCUAUGGGACACCCAAUCACGGCUGGUUAUGAUACAGUCUAGAAUCGAACCAGGGUGUCUAGUGAGGUUCUAGCACUGAGAUGCAGUGCUUUAAACCGCUGUGCCACUCGGGAGACAAAACACCUAUGAUUGAAACCAAGUGAAGAUCCAUGAAGCCCACUAGCAACUGCCCAGGCUAUGUUUUAUGUAACCUGUAUGUUUAUUUAUUGUUUCCACUAAACUGUCUAUUCAUAUACAAUUCACUAUGUUCUAUAUCCAAAUAAUGUUUUAUGCAUAGGAAAUACAGUGCCUUGAUACUCUACAAUGCACAACCUAAUAAAAUUGUGUUGUAUGUUUAGCCAUUUUUGUUUUGCUUUGUUUACUAUGCCAGGGUAAUUGUACAUCUCUAGUUUUAGGCCCGUUUAUCAGUUGUAAACAUGAAGGUUCUUGCACUCCAAUAUAGAUGUCUGCUCAACAUGGAUUCUUGCAAGUCAGUACAAUUCUUGUCUGACAGGGAAACUUUAUUUUUAUAGUUGCACUUUUUAAAGCAUAAUCAUAUUUAGUGGAAUUGUAAGGUAAAUCUGUAUGCCUGGAAAUGCCCUUGUCUGGAGCAGAGCAUCCAAAUUUCAAACUGUCCAGAAAAGUUUUUAAAAUUCUAAAAUCUCUCUCCCAGAUAAAUAGGAAUUUUUAUUCAAAUGUUUUUUAAAUGAGGUUUUCGAGUCAAAGCAACUGAGGAAAAACUAAAUUUCUUCUUUGUAUACUACUUAAAUUAAGAAAAAAGCUAUUUUUGUCAACUCCGUAUUGAUUUUUUUUUUUUAAAUGUAUUUAACUGAAUUGCCUAGUUAAGAACAAAUUCUUAUUUACAAUAAAGCCUAGGAACAGUGGAUUUACUACCUUGUUCAGGGGCAGGACAACAGAUUUUUACAU